AUGUCGGAUAUUGACAAUGCGGCGGUGUCUUCCAUGCCAUAUAUCACAAUGCAGAAAACUUCCGGAAUUCUUCCGCACUGCAUGAACGUCUGCACAAUUCUCGAAAAAGAGUUAACCAAAAGGGAAAUAGAAGAACUGCAAGAGAAGGCACAACAACGUGGCAAACUCAUCCAAAAGCUUGCUGAAAGGAAUCUUUUGCAUUCGACGUUGCUAGGAGAUCCAGAAAGCCUUCCGGUUUUCAUUUUUCUUAUGAAACAACUCACGAAAAAAGAAUACCUAGCAGCCGUGGCCAAAAACAAAUACCCUACGUGCCGAACAAUCUAUAAGACAAUCAUGAAGGCUUCUGUUAAAAACGAUUUGGAGACGGCCAAGAUUGUCGAAUCGUACUCAACUGGAGAAUGCACUGGGAGUGAAUUAAGAGAUCAAUUAAACAAAAUCUGCAAUUGUAAGGAUAUGAGUUCAGAGAGCGAAAACCGGCCGGUAGCCGACGUGAUUAGCGUGGGAACGUUAGAUCGAGUUCCGGACGGAUCGAAUUUUGUUUGUUUCCAGAGUAUGCCGUCACUAGACACUAUUCAAAAGAAGAAUUUGAACUGUGCUGUUUUCAAGCCUUCUCGGCAUGUCGUGAGACAAGUGUCCAUUUUAGUCGAAGACUUCAUAAUUGGAACUGCUGCAGAAACAGCUUAUGCCGGAAGAAUGGUCGUAGAUUCACAAGAAAUCGUCAACGCCAUCAAUGCAUCUGGGAGUGCUGUGGUAGAAUUGGAAAGAAACGCAGUAAACGUCGAGAUUCUUGGCAUCCAGUCUCCAAAAUCUUCUACUGUCGUGACAAUCCAUGUCAAUCACUUUCCUGAAGUCAUUAACGUCUAUGUUGUCGUCACCGGGCCUUCAGACGAUUUGAUGUCUCCCAGGGGGAUGACAAGAAAUUUCAAAGUGUCUGGUACAUCGUCAAAAAGAGUAGAUGAUGGUGAUGGUCCACCAGUGGACGUGCCACUCCAGUCAUUCUCGUCAGAAGUCUCUGAUUUUGACAACAGCGUUCAACAUACGAUGGCUCCCACAUUUGCAGUGCUCUCACAGGCCUUGCUUCGAAUCAACGAUGCGGAGGUGGCUGAGCUUGUCAGACAAUACACGUCUGGACAGAAGACUGCAAAGAUGUUUGGGAUGGAUUUUUGGGCGAUUUUGAAUAAUAUUGAGAAUGUUAUGGGAGUGAAGAAGGUGGCAACACUGGGAGACAUUCCGCAUGGAUCGUACUUGGUGUGCUAUGGAGAGGUAUGGUAG